UCAUUUGUGUCACCUAAGUAUGUGUCAUUUUUGCAUGUGGAGCCUGAGACCCUUGAUUGUGUGCUUGUGGUGAAUACUCCUUCUAAGGAGGUUUUAACAUCAAAAACCAUUUAUAGAUCUUGUAGAGUUAUGGUAGAGGGUAGAGUUUUGCUUGCCGAUCUGAUUUUGUUAGGUAUAGUGGAAUUUGAUGUCAUACUUGGUAUGGAUUGGUUGUCUACCCAUUAUGCCAUGGUUGAUUGUUAUGAGAAGGUGGUUACUUUCUCCGCUCCUAACCAGCCUGUGAUUCGGUUUGAAGGAGAAAAAGUUGGAUCAUUUCCAUUAGUUGUUUCUUGCAUGCAAGCUGAUAAAAUGUUGCAGCAUGAGUGUUAUGGAUAUCUGGCAUAUGUUUUUGAAUCUAAAGACAAGCUAGUGUCUGUAGAAAGAAUUUGGGUAGUGGAAGACUUUCCUGAUGUUUUCCCUAAGGAGUUGCCUGGGCUACCUCCAAAUAAGGAGAUUGAGUUUACUAUAGACCUUGUGCCUAGUACUGCACCAAUAUCCCAGCAACCUUAUAGAAUGGCCCCAGUAAAAUUAAUUGAAUUGAAAAAGCAGUUGCAAGAGCUUCUUGAUAAGGGACGGUUGAAUCAAGUCACCGUCAAGAAUAAAUAUCCUUUGCCAAGGAUUGAUGAUUUGUUUGAUCAGUUACAAGGGGCUCGUGUCUUUUCCAAAAUUGAUCUUAGAUCGGGUUAUUAUCAACUAAAGGUUAAACCCAAGGAUGUGAUGAAGACUGCUUUUAGGAGCAGAUAUGGGCACUGCGAGUUCCUGCUGUACUUAGAUAAGUUUGUCAUUGUCUUCAUUGAUGACAUUCUUAUCUUUUCUCCUGAUGAAGAAAGCCACAAGGAGCAUCUGGCUAUUGUAUUGCAGAUUUUGCGAGAAAAGAAGUUAUAUGCCAAGUUUGAUAAGUGUGAGUUUUGGCUGAAUCAGAUUAGUUUUCUGGGUCAUGUUGUCUCGAAAGACGGCAUAUCAGUUGAUCUUAGUAAAGUGGAAGCAUUUAUGAAAUGGGAAAGGCCGAUUAGUGUCACCGAAGUGCGGAGUUUUCUUGGACUAGCAGGAUAUUAUAGAAGGUUUGUGGAGGGAUAUUCAAAGAUUUCUGGUCCGUUAACACAACUUACUCGUAAGAAUCAGAAGUUUGAAUGGACAGAUAAAUGUGAGCAAAGCUUUCAAGAGUUGAAGAACAGAUUGGUCACAGCACCAAUUCUUGCUAUUCUUGACAAUGGAGGAAACUUUGUGGUAUAUACCGAUGCUUCUCACAAAGGCUUGGGUUGUGUACUUAUGCAACAUGGAUGGGUGAUAGCUUAUGGGUCUAGACAGCUCAAGACACAUGAGAGGAAUUACCCUACACAUGAUUUAGAACUCGCUGCCACCAUUUUUGCACUUAAGUUAUGGAGGCACUAUUUGUAUGGAGAAGAGUUCGAGGUGCACACUAAUCACCAAAGCUUGAAAUAUUUAUUUUCACAAAAAGAGCUUAACUUGAGACAAAGAAGAUGGAUGGAGUAUCUAAAUGACUAUCGAUGCAAAAUUGUCUAUCAACCUAGAAAGGGAAAUGUGGUUGCAGAUGCACUUAGCAGAAAAUCAACUGGCACUUUAGCAAGCUUAAUGGUGAUGGAGUGGAAACUCCUAGAAGAAUUCAAGAAUUUGAAUGUCAGGUUUUUGCCACCAAAGUCUGAUGUACUAGUGUCUAGUUUGAUGGUUCAACCUACGCUGUUGUCAAAGAUCAAGGAAGCACAACAAAAAGAUUCAAAAUUGCUGGAGUGGAUGAAGGACAGUGGAAAAAGCUCCAAAAUGGGUCUUCAUAUUUCGGAUGAUGGAAUCAUAAGACUUGGAGAUAGAAUUUGGGUUCCAUAUGAUGAAGGGUUGAGGACGGAAUUGCUCCAAGAAGCACACAAGUCCAAUUAUACCAUUCAUCAUGGGAGUACCAAAAUGUAUCAUGACUUAAAAGAGGCAUUUUGGUGGAAAAGCAUGAAAAAGGAUGUGGCUAAAUAUGUGUCCAAAUGCUUGACUUGUCAAGUGGUAAAAGCAGAGCACCAGAAGCCAGGAAGGCAACUUCAACCUUUGCCUAUACCAGAGUGGAAGUGGGAAGCCAUCUGAAUGGACUUCAUUGUGGGAUUGCCGAAGACAAGAAGGCAAUUUGAUGCAAUUUGGGUGAUUGUGGAUAGAUUAACAAAGUCAGCUCACUUUUUGGCCAUAAAACAAAAAGACCCAUUAGAC